UAGCUGAGAACUAUCUAGGGACAAUUGAGCAAUCUUUUGUGCUAAUAGGUCAAAAUCCCAGAGAUGUGAACUAUCUGGAUUCAACUCAAUUGUUGCUCCUUUUCCUCUCGGAUCCCAGUUUGAGAGAAUUUUUGGAAAGUUUUUUGCCGGAUGAAUUGAGACAGGCUUUGUGCAAACCAAAAGAACAAAAGAAAGAGCCAGAAAAGAAAAAUGAGCCUGAAAAGAAAGAACCAGAAAAGAAAAAAGAGCCUGAAAAGAAAGAUCCAGAGAAAGAGAAACCAGAAAAAAAGAAAGACGAUGAAAUAGAUGAUGACGUAGUUAAACCAGUAGCCGAGAAGCCGCGACAAAUGGUUCCCAAACGAAAACUUCCUAGUAACGCUGCAAGACCCACUGGCCCUAUGAGGUUUUCUUUGCCAGAAGAAGACGUUGUCGAAUUUCUUAUUGACUUUGAGGGCAAAGAACCCAGUGUGACAUGGACUAUUGAUGGGAAGGAACCUUCAAGAGUAUCAGAUGCAACAGUCAUUACAAGAGGCAAUACUGCUGUUCUGAAACUUAAAAACAAAGAUAAAUACAUCAACUCCAGCAUUAAUUUAACAGUCAAUAAUAAAAUAUCCACAACAAGCAAUUCGCUUGUGUUUAAAGAAAACAGACCAAUUGUUUCUGAAAGUGUUCUGGAUAAGACGAUCAAACGAAACGGAAUGAAAGAUGAAGCGCCGAAAAUUGUCUCUGAUUUUACAAUCAAACGUGUAAAAACAGUGGUUGUAAUUCAAGGAACAAUAUCUGCAACGCCAAUGCCAAAUUUCACAUGGUAUAAAAAUGGAACUCCGAUUACGCCCAGAGAUAAAACGCUCAAACAAUCAUCUAAGCCAGACGGAACAGUAACUAUUGAAGUGCCUGAUAAGGAAACCGAAUGUGGUAUUGAAGUUAUUUUAGUUGCUGAAAAUUACAUGGGAGCCAUAGAGCAAUCAUUUAUUCUGCUAGAAGACAAUCCAAAUCCCAGGAAAGUAAAUGCUCUCGAUUCAACUCAAGUUUUGCUGUUGUUUUUGGCUGAUCCGAAACUUAAAGAUAUGCUGAAGCAGCUGAUACCUCUAGAUCUUCUGCCUGAAGGAAGGGCCAAGAAAAAAGCACCACAAGACGAAGAAGUCGACGAAGACGAAGAACCAGCGAAAGACAACAAAAUGGCUGAGAGUUCGAAACCUCUCACCCCCAGACAUAAAGAUUUCCCUAAGCGGAAAGAAAAUGAACCGAAGCUAAGACCUGUUGACAGAAAAGAUGUUCCACAAGGUGCAGCAUUGAUUAAAAGACCCAUCGAGCCGAUAGUCAAAGACGAUGAAUUGAUUUUCAAAGUUCAAAUUGAUGGAAAAGAUCCAAAAAUAUCGUGGUUAAUAGAUGGUAAAGAUCCAAAACUCAACAAGGAUGCCAAGGUAGAAGUUAAAGGGAACACAGCUUAUUUGACAUUGAAGAACAAAAACAAGCAUAUCAAGAGCGAAGUGAAGUUCACAGUUGAAAACGAUAAGUGUCAGUCAAACAAUACGUUUACCGUAAAAGACAAAAGGCCAGUGAUUUCAGAUGGUUACUUGGAUAAAACUAUCAAGAAAAAAGCAAGCGUAGACGAAGGUCCAAAAGUUGCGACUCCAUUUACUGUUAAGCGGGUAGGAAAGACGUCAAUUAUUGAAGGAAAACUUGGAGGACGUCCGGAAUCUACUAUUACCUGGACUAUCAAUGGUCACCGUCUCGACCCUAAAGACCCCGUUUUCAAGCAAACGAAAAAAUCGGAUGGUACUCUUAUAAUGGAAGUUCCCGAUGAUGAGACUGAAAAUGGCCUGGAGCUAGUUGUUCUUGCCGAUAACUAUUUAGGCUCAAUUGAUUAUACGUUUGUACUAAGUUCAGAUAAACCAAAGAGCUGGGACCUGGACCAAAAUUUAGGAGCCUUGCUGUUGAUGGCCGAUCCAGGCUUCGAAGAAACGUUGGAUAACUUUGAUUUCUUCAACGAGUAUAUCCCCCAAUUGUCUUCGGUUGAAUUCGAUGAACAGCAAAAUAGUCUAAAAGUUACUGAAACAAGCGAAGAGUUUGAUAAGCCAAAAGAGGAGGCAAACAAACAGAAAGAACCUGAAAAGAAAAAAGAGGAGAAGGUUAUCGAAGAAGAGGAACUGAAACCUAUUGCACAGAAGCCACGUCAAUCGGUUCCCAAGCGAAAACUUCCGAAUAACGCAGCUAGGCCAUCUGGUCCAAUGCGAUUUUGUCUACCAGAGGAAGACGUGGUCGAGUUUCUCAUAGACUUUGAGGGUAAAGAACCCAGUCUUACGUGGACAAUCGAUGGAAAGGAACCAUCUCGAGUUUCUGAUGCAACAGUUACCACAAGAGGCGAUACUGCUGUCUUGAAGCUGAAAAAUAAAGACAAAUAUAUCAACUCGAACAUUAACCUGAUAGUCAAUAACAAAAUAUCAACCACAAGCAACUCGCUGGUAUUUAAAGAGAACAGACCGAUUAUCUCGGAAAGCAUUCUGGACAAAACAAUAAAGCGAAAUGGAAUGAAAGAUGAAGCGCCUAGAAUUGUGAAUCCCUUCACCAAUAAGCGUUCAAAAAACACAACUGUCAUUCAAGGAACAAUUGUUUCUACGCCAAUGCCAACCUUUACAUGGUACAAAAAUGGAACACCAAUAACACCAAGGGAUAAAACUUUCAAACAGACGAAUAAGCCAGAUGGAACUGCCAUUAUUGAAAUUCCGGACAAAGAAACAGAAAACGGAGUCGAUUUGGUUCUGUUGGCGGAAAACUACAUGGGAACAGUUGAGCACUCUUUUGUAUUGUUAGAGGACAAUCCAGACCCAAGAAAAGUCAACUCUCUCGAUGCUAGUCAAGUUCUCUUACUGUCAAUGUCUGAUCCGAAAUUGAAAGAUGUUCUGAAACCGCUCUUACCAGCUGAUCUUUUACCCCAAGCGAAACCGCAAAAGAAGCAGCCGGCUAAAGAAGAGGAAGACGAAGAAGUUGACGAAGACGAAACUCCGACUAAGGAUAAUAAAACAGCCGAAAGUGCCAAGAAGAAACCAAAGGAGGAACCGAAGAAACCAGACAUGCCCAAUGGUACCGCAAAGAAACCGCGAAGUAAACAACUGGCUGAAAAUAAACCAGAGGGUCCUAAAUUGAGGCCUGUUGAUCGAAAAGAAGUUCCAAAGGGCGCAGCAGUUAUCAGAAAACCUAUAGAGCCAAUUGUUACGGACGAUGAAGUUAUUUUCAAAGUCGAAUUCACUGGAAAAGAUCCCAAAACUUCGUGGUUGAUUGACGGCAAAGAUCCGAAAACGAACAAAGACGCAACGGUUGAAGUUAAAGAAAAUGUCGCUUACUUGACCUUGAAAGACAAGAAGAAGUAUAUCAGGAGUGAUAUUAAGUUCACAGUCGAAAAUGAUUCCACCCAAUCCAACAAUACGUUCACUGCGAAAAACAACAGACCGGUCAUCUCGGACGGGUUUGUUGAUAAAACAAUUAAGAAAAAGGCGAGUGCUGACGAAGGACCAAAAAUUGUGACACCUUUUACAGUAAAGAGAGUCGGAAAUACGUCUGUUAUAGAAGGAAAACUAGGAGGAAGCCCUGAGCCGACAGUUAACUGGACCAUACAUGGCCAACCCCUCGAUGCUAAAGAUCCAAUUUUCAAACAAACAAAGAAACCAGACGGUACAUUUGUAAUGGAAGUACCAGAUAGUGAAAUUGAGAAUGGUUUGGAGCUAGUGGUAGUUGCAGAAAACUACUUGGGAUCUUUUGACUACACUUUUGUGCUCAGUUCCGACAAACCCAAAAGUUGGGAUUUGGAUCAGAACUUAGGAGCUUUGCUUCUGAUGGCUGAUCCAGGGUUCAAAGAAACGUUGGAUAAUUUUGAUUUCUUCAACGAGUAUAUCCCGCAACUGUCUCUGAGUGACUUUGACGAACAGCAAAAUAAUCUAAGAGUUACUGAAACAAGCGAAGAGUUUGAUCAGCCAAAAAAGGAUGCCAGCAAACAAAAAGAACCCGAAAAGAAAAAAGAGGAGAAGGUUAUCGAAGAAGAGGAACUGAAACCUAUUGCACAGAAGCCACGUCAAUCGGUUCCCAAGCGAAAACUUCCGAAUAACGCAGCUAGGCCAUCUGGUCCAAUGCGAUUUUGUCUACCAGAGGAAGACGUGGUCGAGUUUCUCAUAGACUUUGAGGGUAAAGAACCCAGUCUUACGUGGACAAUCGAUGGAAAGGAACCAUCUCGAGUUUCUGAUGCAACAGUUACCACAAGAGGCGAUACUGCUGUCUUGAAGCUGAAAAAUAAAGACAAAAAUAUCAACUCGAACAUUAACCUGAUAGUCAAUAACAAAAUAUCAACCACAAGCAACUCGCUAGUAUUUAAAGAGAACAGACCGAUUAUCUCGGAAAGCAUUCUGGACAAAACAAUAAAGCGAAAUGGAAUGAAAGAUGAAGCGCCUAGAAUUGUGAAUCCCUUCACCAAUAAGCGUUCAAAAAACACAACUGUCAUUCAAGGAACAAUUGUUUCUACGCCAAUGCCAACCUUUACAUGGUACAAAAAUGGAACACCAAUAACACCAAGGGAUAAAACUUUCAAACAGACGAAUAAGCCAGAUGGAACUGCCAUUAUUGAAAUUCCGGACAAAGAAACAGAAAACGGAGUCGAUUUGGUUCUGUUGGCGGAAAACUACAUGGGAACAGUUGAGCACUCUUUUGUAUUGUUAGAGGACAAUCCAGACCCAAGAAAAGUCAACUCUCUCGAUGCUAGUCAAGUUCUCUUACUGUCAAUGUCUGAUCCGAAAUUGAAAGAUGUUCUGAAACCGCUCUUACCAGCUGAUCUUUUACCCCAAGCGAAACCGCAAAAGAAGCAGCCGGCUAAAGAAGAGGAAGACGAAGAAGUUGACGAAGACGAAACUCCGACUAAGGAUAAUAAAACAGCCGAAAGUGCCAAGAAGAAACCAAAGGAGGAACCGAAGAAACCAGACAUGCCCAAUGGUACCGCAAAGAAACCGCGAAGUAAACAACUGGCUGAAAAUAAACCAGAGGGUCCUAAAUUGAGGCCUGUUGAUCGAAAAGAAGUUCCAAAGGGCGCAGCAGUUAUCAGAAAGCCAAUAGAGCCAAUUGUUACGGACGAUGAAGUUAUUUUCAAAGUCGAAUUCACUGGAAAAGAUCCCAAAACUUCGUGGUUGAUUGACGGCAAAGAUCCGAAAACGAACAAAGACGCAAAGGUUGAAGUUAAAGACAAUGUCGCUUACUUGACCUUGAAAGACAAGAAGAAGUAUAUCAAGAGUGAUAUUAAGUUCACAGUCGAAAAUGAUUCAACCCAAUCCAACAAUACGUUCACUGCGAAAAACAACAGACCGGUCAUCUCGGACGGGUUUGUUGAUAAAACAAUUAAGAAAAAGGCGAGUGUUGACGAAGGACCAAAAAUUGUGACACCUUUUACAGUAAAGAGAGUCGGAAAUACGUCUGUUAUAGAAGGAAAACUAGGAGGACGCCCUGAGCCGACAGUUAACUGGACCAUACAUGGCCAACCCCUCGAUGCUAAAGAUCCAAUUUUCAAACAAACAAAGAAACCAGACGGUACAUUUGUAAUGGAAGUACCAGAUAGUGAAAUUGAGAAUGGUUUGGAGCUAGUGGUAGUUGCAGAAAACUACUUGGGAUCUUUUGACUACACUUUUGUGCUCAGUUCCGACAAACCCAAAAGUUGGGAUUUGGAUCAGAACUUAGGAGCUUUGCUUCUGAUGGCUGAUCCAGGGUUCAAAGAAACGUUGGAUAAUUUUGAUUUCUUCAACGAGUAUAUCCCGCAACUGUCUCUGAGUGACUUUGACGAACAGCAAAAUAAUCUAAGAGUUACUGAAACAAGCGAAGAGUUUGAUCAGCCAAAAAAGGAUGCCAACAAACAAAAAGAACCCGAAAAGAAAAAAGAGGAGAAGGUUAUCGAAGAAGAGGAACUGAAACCUAUUGCACAGAAGCCACGUCAAUCGGUUCCCAAGCGAAAACUUCCGAAUAACGCAGCUAGGCCAUCUGGUCCAAUGCGAUUUUGUCUACCAGAGGAAGACGUGGUCGAGUUUCUCAUAGACUUUGAGGGUAAAGAACCCAGUCUUACGUGGACAAUCGAUGGAAAGGAACCAUCUCGAGUUUCUGAUGCAACAGUUACCACAAGAGGCGAUACUGCUGUCUUGAAGCUGAAAAAGAAAGACAAAUAUAUCAACUCGAACAUUAACCUGAUAGUCAAUAACAAAAUAUCAACCACAAGCAACUCGCUAGUAUUUAAAGAGAACAGACCGAUUAUCUCGGAAAGCAUUCUGGACAAAACAAUAAAGCGAAAUGGAAUGAAAGAUGAAGCGCCUAGAAUUGUGAAUCCCUUCACCAAUAAGCGUUCAAAAAACACAACUAUUAUUCAAGGAACAAUUGUUUCUACGCCAAUGCCAACCUUUACAUGGUACAAAAAUGGAACACCAAUAACACCAAGGGAUAAAACUUUCAAACAGACGAAUAAGCCAGAUGGAACUGCCAUUAUUGAAAUUCCGGACAAAGAAACAGAAAACGGAGUCGAUUUGGUUCUGUUGGCGGAAAACUACAUGGGAACAGUUGAGCACUCUUUUGUAUUGUUAGAGGACAAUCCAGACCCAAGAAAAGUCAACUCUCUCGAUGCUAGUCAAGUUCUCUUACUGUCAAUGUCUGAUCCGAAAUUGAAAGAUGUUCUGAAACCGCUCUUACCAGCUGAUCUUUUACCCCAAGCGAAACCGCAAAAGAAGCAGCCGGCUAAAGAAGAGGAAGACGAAGAAGUUGACGAAGACGAAACUCCGACUAAGGAUAAUAAAACAGCCGAAAGUGCCAAGAAGAAACCAAAGGAGGAACCGAAGAAACCAGACAUGCCCAAUGGUACCGCAAAGAAACCGCGAAGUAAACAACUGGCUGAAAAUAAACCAGAGGGUCCUAAAUUGAGGCCUGUUGAUCGAAAAGAAGUUCCAAAGGGCGCAGCAGUUAUCAGAAAGCCAAUAGAGCCAAUUGUUACGGACGAUGAAGUUAUUUUCAAAGUCGAAUUCACUGGAAAAGAUCCCAAAACUUCGUGGUUGAUUGACGGCAAAGAUCCGAAAACGAACAAAGACGCAAAGGUUGAAGUUAAAGACAAUGUCGCUUACUUGACCUUGAAAGACAAGAAGAAGUAUAUCAAGAGUGAUAUUAAGUUCACAGUCGAAAAUGAUUCAACCCAAUCCAACAAUACGUUCACUGCGAAAAACAACAGACCGGUCAUCUCGGACGGGUUUGUUGAUAAAACAAUUAAGAAAAAGGCGAGUGUUGACGAAGGACCAAAAAUUGUGACACCUUUCACAGUAAAGAGAGUCGGAAAUACGUCUGUUAUAGAAGGAAAACUAGGAGGACGCCCUGAACCGACAGUUAACUGGACCAUACAUGGCCAACCCCUGGAUGCUAAAGAUCCAAUUUUCAAACAAACAAAGAAACCAGACGGUACAUUUGUAAUGGAAGUACCAGAUAGUGAAAUUGAGAAUGGUUUGGAGCUAGUGGUAGUUGCAGAAAACUACUUGGGAUCUUUUGACUACACUUUUGUGCUCAGUUCCGACAAACCCAAAAGUUGGGAUUUGGAUCAGAACUUAGGAGCUUUGCUUCUGAUGGCCGAUCCAGGGUUCAAAGACACCCUGGAGGAUUUCAACUUUUUCGAAGAAUAUGUUCCUGAAGUGUCGUUCGGCGAUUUCGAUGAGAAUCAAGAUUUUGGUCUGAAAAUUACUGAAACGAAUAAGGAGUUCGAACAACCAACACAGGAGGACGAUGGAAUUGAGAGGAAAAGAGCAGUGGAGAGACAAAGCUUUCCUGAUGGGGGAGCGGCGAUUACGAAGCCAUUAGAACCAAUUAUUAACGAUGACGAAAUUGUUUUCAAGGUUGCUUUCGAAGGAAAGCAGCCAAAGACAUCUUGGUUGAUUGACGGCAAGGAUCCCAAAACAAACAAAGACGCAAAAGUCGAAGUCAAAGACAAUAUCGCCUACUUGACCUUGAAAGACAAAAAGAAAUAUAUCAAGAGUGAUAUUCAGUUCACUGUUGAGAAUGACAUCGCUCAAUCUCACAACUCUCUGACUGUUAAAGAGAACAGACCUGUUGUAUCGGAAGUGUUUGUUGACAAAACGGUCAAAAAGAAGUCAAAUUUAGACGAGGUUCCCAAAAUCUCGGGCCAGUUCAAUAUCAAGCGAGUGAAAAGUACCUCUAUUAUUGAAGGUAGAAUUGCUGGGCGGCCACAAUCUACCAUAACUUGGUACGUACGUGGCGAACCUCUGGAUCCCAAAGAUCCUAUUUUCAAACAAACUCAAAGACCGGAUGGAACUGUUACCCUGGAGGUUCCAGACAGCGAAACUGAGAAUGGUCUAGAAAUUGUUUUUGUCGCCAAGAAUUACUUGGGUUCCAUAGACUACACUUUCGUCCUAAUGUCCGAUAAACCGAAAAGUUUAGAAUUGGAAUCUACACUUGAAGCGCUUCUGCUUCUUGCUGAUCCAGAACUUUUGAAAACUUUAAUGGUUACUUCUAAACGAGAAGAAGUUGAGGAGUAUGAAGAACCAGAUGAAGCGCCAAAAGAGGAAAAACUAAAGGAAACUGCAAAACCGAAAGAAUCCGAGAAGCCCAAAGAGCCGGAGAAAAAGAAAGAAGCUGAGAAACCCAAGCAACCUGAAAAGAAAGAAGAACCAGAUAAACCGAAAGAAGGCGACAAGACAAAAGAAGAGGAAGAUCCAAACAAGCCAAAAAUGGCGCUCAAGAAGAAACCACCUCCCAAGAAACCAGAUGAUGACAAAGAUUCUUCAAAGAAAGAGUUAUUUGACUCCCCUGGCAUGGUAAAACUGAAACCGGCUAAGAAAAAGACAGCCGAACAGUACGAGGAUCCGAACCAAGUGCAACUAAAACCUACCAGUAAGAACAAGAAAGGAGGCGACUCAAAGGAUGGUUUCAAUCUGAAACCAUUCGAUAAAGACAACGAUGAGUCUGAAAAAGAUCCCAAAUUGAAGAAAGGUUCUAUCGACAGACGGCAACCUUCGGAUACAUCCAAGGAUAGACCAAAACGUGGUUCGCGAACGGGUCGAGAUCCCACGAAGAGGUCGAUUGACGACGAAGAUAUAGAAGACGAAGAAUCAGAAGAAGAAGAAGAAGAAGAAGAAGAAGAUGAAGAAGAAGAAGAAGAAGAUGAGGAUGUUGAGGCGAGUGAACAGAAAGUCGCACAUUCGGCACCGAAAAAAGAGGAACCAGUCAAGAAAGGCAAACCAAGAUUUAUCAGAGCGCCUGUCUCAUCUGUUGCUGAACUGAACAAACCUAUAACCCUCACUGCCCAAAUUGAGGACGCAAAUGAGGUCAAGUGGCUCAAGAACGAGAAGGAGAUCCGCUCGUCACGUGACUUCAAGAUAGAGAAGGAUAAAGAUGACAAAACUCUGCAUUACUUAAAGAUCCCUUCAUUCACGGACUCACACGUGGGACUCUAUACGUUCCAGGCGAUGAAUGAAAGUGGAGUGGUAAAAGGGUCUGCUCACAUUAGUCAGAAAGAACCCUCAGACAAACCAACACGAAAAAUUUCUCCUACCGACAAGGUCUACUGUGCACACACUAGCAUAGAACCCAAGGGUCCAGAGUACCUGCCUGUAAUCGAGGGUCAGCAGUUGGUGUUCAUUUCUAAGAAGAGUCCAGACACAUGGAAUUGUGAGACCCUCUCUGGACUGAAAGGACUAGUGCCCUCAGAUUGCCUCACUGAGAAGGAUCUGUACACUAUUCAAGUGCAGAAGGAUAUUGCCAGACAUAUUUUGGAAGAGGAGCUACCCAAUAGCAUGAAAUCAGAAGACAGUGUCGAGAGCCCCAAAUUCCUUUCGCCUCUCCCUCAAGUGACUGUUAAAGAAGGAGAAACAGCCGAAUUUAAAGUCCAGGUCAUCGGCAAGCCUCAGAUUACCUGGUUCCGGGAGAAGACCAAGAUAGAGCCAGACGGGAAAGACUUCCAGUGCACGUUCGAAAAGGAUGUGGCUAAAUUGAGGAUCAAGGAUGCAAAUAUCCAGGACUCAGGAGUGAUCACAUGUGUAGCGAAAAACGCGGCCGGAACUUGUUCGACGUCGGCCGAAUUGCAAGUCUUGCCUAAGACUGGCGCAGCACCGAAGCCUGAACCCAAAGAAGAAGGUAUUCGACCUUCGUUCCAGAAACCCCUGGAAGACAAAAAGAUCACAGAAGGAGCACCACUCAAACUCGAAUCAAAGGUCAUUGCCAAGCCACAGCCUCACUUCACAUGGACCAAGAACGACAAACUAAUCACUGAGAGCAGCAAGAUUAAAAUGACGUCGCAGAGUGAUGUGAACAUGCACGUGGCCAUUUUGGAGAUUCCCAAGAGUACCAAGGAAGACGGGGGAGAGUAUAAGCUAGUGGCGAAGAACACCGAGGGAGAUGUGACGUCGAAGGCCAAGAUCACUGUCGAGUCGAAGGAGCCAGAAAAGAAGAAGGAACCGGAGAAGAAGCCAGCAGCGAAGAAAGAAGAAGAGGAGGAAGUAGAGGAGGAGAGUGCGAAACCCAAAGAGUCAGAGGAGGUGAAGUCAGAGGCACCCCCUCUGCCGAGUGUGGACAAGGGACCUCCCAAGUUCCUGAAGAAACUCAAGGACUUAGAGACUGUAAGAGACAGCACUGUCAAGUUGGAAGCUGUAGUCCAGGGCAAUCCCCAGCCAACUAUCAAAUGGAGCAAAGAAGGUAGACCAGUGUUCCCAGGUAGGAAUCUGGUGAUUGAACACGAUGCCAGGACAGGAACAUGUUCGCUCAUGAUUCCGCAGGCGAUGCCCAGAGACGCGGGCACGUAUGCAGUGGAGGCGAAGAAUGCCAAUGGACAGGAAACGUGUUCUGCAGAACUGAAGGUGGUCGAAGCGCCUGCCAAGAUCAUAGACAUGCCUGACAAUGUGGUUGCGAAGAAGGGAGAAGUGGUGGUGAUCAAGUGCAAGAUUGAAGGAAACCCCACUCCCACCAUCACGUGGGUUCAGGGCGCGAAGGACCUGCAAAAGGCUGGUGGUGAGAAGUUCUCGGUGGAGAAUACGGACACGACGACUACUCUGAAGAUCAAAGAUGUGGAACCGAAGGAUGCUGGACAGUACAAACUGAAUGUGAAGAACUCCUCUGGCAGAGACAACAAACAGCUCACUCUAGCAGUUGCAGAUGUGCCUGAGAUGCCAGGCAAGCCUCAAGCAGGAGCCAUCACACACGCCAACCUCAAACUGACCUGGGCAGCCCCUAGGAAAGACGGAGGCAGUCCUAUCACCAAGUACCUGGUCCAAAAGAAGGGUGCUAAGGACGCCACAUGGGUGACUGUGAACUCGGCUGUUCCCACUGUGUCUUAUGUUGUGGAGGAUUUGGAACCGGAGUCUAAUUACUCGUUUAGAGUGUUUGCUGAGAAUGACGUGGGACAGGGGCCUGCUAGUCAGGAAGUGGCAGCUAAGACAAAUGUUGCCCCCAAGGUUGCGCCAAAGUCUACUGUUGGAGACGCACCGGUUAUUGUGGAACCCUUUAAAAAUGCGCAAGGCGUUGAACAUGGUACUGCUAAGUUCGAAGCAAUAGUCAAGGGAUCGCCCACUCCUAAAGUCCACAUCCUUCUGGACGGAGUCCCAUUCGAGCCAGAAUGGCGAAUCAAAUUCGAAGAGAAAGUGGAACACGACGGAUCUGUCAGAUUAACCUUCAACAAACUCAUCAUGGACGACGAAGGAGAGUAUACUCUUGUUGCGUCGAAUCCGGCCGGAAAGGACAAGUGCAAGGCGUUCCUGACUGUCACUGAAGGGGCGGAUAAGCACCAGUCUGGUCAGAAGGCUGUCAAAGUUGCUGUAGGAGCUGGAAUCCCGCCAACGAUCACAGAGAAACUUCAAGAUGACAAAGCGGACUAUGGCUUCCCCACCACGCUCACCGCUAGAAUUAUCGGGAUGCCAGAUCCAGUGAUCUCUUGGUUCAAGGACGACUUUGAAGUGCCCAUCAGCAAGUAUUACAAAACAAACAAGGAAGUCGAUCUCUACUCGCUCGACAUAUUGGAAGCAUUCCCUCCCGAUGAGGGUGUGUACAAGGUGACAGCUGUCAAUCAAGAGGGCAAGGCCGAGUGCACCUGUAAAUUGACUGUGUCUCCGAGUAAAGAUACUCCGGAUAAAGACAGACCCUCUUUCAUCAAGAAACCGUACAACGCCUAUUACCAUGAGGGAGCAUCGUUCAAAAUUGACGCUACGGUUCAGGGAGCUAAACCUAUUACUGUCACAUGGUCCAAAGAUGGUGUCCUUAUUGACCCCAAAGACAAGAAGUACAGUUUUGUGUACGAUGAGAGCGAUGGUUUUGUGGAGCUAACUUGUCUCAAAGCGACUGCCGAGGAUGCUGGGAGGUACAAGGUCAUGGGCAGGAACUCAGUCGGAAAGAUGACUGUGGAAGCACAAGCUAUUGUUGGAGACAAACCAACUCCAGCUGAGAGAAUGAGCUUGAUGGAAGCGCCUCGCAGCGCUGCUCCGGCGGUGUCAAUAAUGGUCGAGGGAGAGGAGGAGCCAAAAGUGCCUGGAGAGUCCUCGCACCAGAGACACAAGAAUCCCAGACUGGAGAACCCGGAGACAGAGGCGGCGCCAGUGUUCGUCAAGGCACCAGAAGCUACUGUUGCAGAAGAAGAGAAGCCGUUGAUUGUCGAAGUCGUCAUCACCGGAAACCCAGAACCCAAAGUCACGUGGAUGAGAGGCAUAACUGCCCUGAAAGAGACCUCCGACAACGAGUUCAGUUUUGACCAGGCCACCAAAACUUACAGAUUAAUUGUUUACACAGCUGAGAAGAAAGACGCUGGAAAGUACAAAUGUAAGGCUGAGAACUCAGUCGGAAAAGAGACGAAGGCCUUCGAAGUGAAGGUCGAGGAAGCUUCGAAAGAGCUGCAGGUCAAUACUAAACUCAAAAGACGGAAAUCUUCCGCUGCUCCUCAGGAGAAACUGUCGCUUGAACAGCUAGUGGAGGUGAUGAAGAACAUGUCUAGGUCUGAGAUGGAGGCGUUUGCCUUCAAACACGGGGUCACUGACCUCAGAGCCAUCCUGCAACUCAUCAACCAGAAGAAGAAAGAAGACGCGAAAGGCUCGGCCGAUGAGGCAGCGAAAAAAGAAGGAGGGGUCACAGUGGACAAAGCUCUUAUGGACCACAAGGGCAAGCUGAAGAAGCCAGCCAAACUCAAGAUCCAGUUGUCGGCUGGGUCUCCCAAACAAGUCAAGUGGUUCCGUAACGGAAAGGAGGUCGACAACAGCGAUUUCAGGUUUAAGUUCUCCAACCAGAUGCCGACGUUCUCGUUUGAAAUCCCGGAGCUGCAGAUGGUGGAUGACGCAGAGUACACUUGUGAAAUGGACGGAGUCGAGGUCGGCAGAGGCAAAAUCAUCGUGGACGUGCCUAAGGUGGUGAAGCCCCUGGAGGACAUGACUGUCAACGAGAAGGGUCCAGCUGUGUUCGAGUGCCACUUGAACGACGAGCAAGUGAUAGACGUCGAGUGGUACAGAAAUGGCGAACGCAUCAUCGACAAAGCGGCUGAGGCGAUCACGAAGGUGCGACAGAAGCCUGGCUGCAUCUUGAAGCUGACCAUAGCCAAGACAGUGCCAGAGUCAGCGGGAGAGAUUAAGGUCAUGUUCGGGGGCGGAGAGUCCGCGGCAAAACUGACCAUCAUUUCGCCGCCCAAGUUUGUGGUGGACUUAGACCCGAACAGCAAGGCGGUGAGGGGCAAGUCCGGAGUGAUGAAAGCCCAGCUGAGCACCACAGACUACGACAUCAAGAAGAUCAAAGUGUACAAGGACAACAAAGUCCUCAAUAUCGCCAAGGACCCUGAGAAGUACGUGUUUGCGGCGGACGAGAAUGACCCCACGUGGGUGUAUUUGACAGUGAACAAGACAGUGAAUGAAGACAAGGGCAGAUACAAGCUGCUAUUAGGAGAACAGAAGACAGAGGGGGGACUCCUGAUUGUCGAGCCCCCAGUUGACAUCAGCAGCAGCUUUGGCGACCAAGAGGGUGUUGAAUUUGACUCAGUUAAGCUGGAAGUAGCAAUCAGUCGAGAUGACAAGAAGACACCGGUUGAAUGGUUCUUCAACGAUGAGCCCCUCAAGGCGACAGGGAGGUUCUCUUCACAAGAUACAGGGAAGGUGAGAUCAUUCUCAAUUAAGGACCUGCACACUGAGGACGAGGGAGUGUACAAGUUCGUGAUGGGACUAGCAGAGUGCAGUGGGAAACUCACCGUUAAAGAGAAACCGAUCAGCUUCCCGACUCCUCUGCACGACCUCAAAUCGGAAGUGGGUUUCUUCGCUACAUUCGAGGCCGAACACGACCACCCCAGAGCAGAGGCCUACUGGGCGAAAGACGGGGAGGAGAUUGAGAAAAGUGACAAGUUUGAGAUGAGUCAGGAUGGACCUACUAAGUAUAAACUAGUGGUGAAUGACUGUACUCCGGAGGACAUAGGCAAAUACUCGCUGGUGGUCGGCAAGAGCAAAACAGAAACUGCCGCAAAUUUGUCGGUCGAAAACGAGCCCAAGAUGCUGGGUGAUCUUAAAAACGUCGAAGUGAAUGCCGGAGAACCAAUCCGACUAUUUGGCGAGUUCAUUGGGUCACCCUACCCCACCGCCAAGUGGAUCAAAAAAGUGAGCACUCCAGCCAAGAAAAGCACAGAACUGCAGCCGGACAAGAGGAUCAGUAUCAGUUCGAAUAAUAAGAAUACUGAACUGGUCAUUGAUCCUUCUAUGAGGACUGACAAGGGAUCCUACGUUUUGCAGUUGUCAAACUUCCUCAAGACUAUUGAGUUAGAGUGUCAAGUUGAUGUACUCGAUACCCCUGGCAGUCCUGAGAACCUGAAGAUAUCGCAGGUGAGGAGGGACAGCAUGGUGAUCAAGUGGGACCCCCCUGAGGCAGACGGAGGCAGACCGAUCACACACUACGUGGUGGAGAUGAAAGACUGCACUGUCAACGGCGACUGGACCAUUUAUGACCAGGAGGUGGGUCGUGACUGGAAGGGACUGCCGGGCGAGAACCAGUGUGCAAUUGAGCACGGGGUGAAGCAGGACCACGAGUACCAGUUCAGAGUCAGGGCAGUCAACAAGAUAGGCACGAGUGAUUGGAGCGAGACACAGAUCGAGAGGGCAGAGGACAGAUUCACUGUGCCGGAUGCACCUAAUACGCCGAAAGUUACAGAGGUGGGACAAGAUUUCGUGGCGCUGCACUGGGAUACCCCCGAUAGUGACGGAGGAGCCCCCAUCAAGGGCUACAUCAUCGAGAGGUGUGAGAAGGGAAAGGACAGAUGGAUCCGGGCUAAUAAGCGACCGGUGAGUGGGAACGACUACACCUGUGACAAUCUGGUGGAGAUGAAAGAGUACAUGUUCCGAGUGAGUGCAGAGAACGAGGCGGGAGUGAGUGAACCCAGCAAGCCCACCGACAACAUCCUAGUCAGAGAACCAAUCUAUGCCGCAGAUCCUCCAGGAGCGCCAGUUUGCGAUGACGUCACAGAUUCAUCGGUACAUCUGGUUUGGAAGCCGCCGGCUUUUGACGGAGGCACCAAGAUCAUCAAAUACAUAGUCGAGAAGAGAGAAGUGAAACCGGAUGAUUUCGGAGACGACGACGAUUGGGAUGAAGUGAUGGAAACUCCGGAGUGCGAGGCUAAUCUCUAUGAUCUGGAUACAGGAAAGGAGUUCGAGUUCAGAAUCCGAGCCGUGAACGAAGUGGGAAAAGGAGACCCUAGUGACCCGUCUGAGAAGACGAAGAUAGAACUACCGAAGAUUCCGCCAAGCAUCAAUUUGGAUAACUUCAAAGACGUUAAGGUCAAGGCAGGUCAACCAAUUGACCUCAAAAUCCCCAUCGACGGCAGUCCUCCGCCCACAUGCGAGUGGUACCUGGAUGAUGAACUAUUGGAACCGACGGAAGACGAGGAGUUGCUGACCCCGAGUACGAACAAGGAAGCUCAACUGGCUAUUAAGAGUGCAGACAAGAAACACAGAGGCACUUUGAAGUUGGUUGUUAAGAAUGAACAUGGAACCUCAGAGGGAACGUGCCAGAUGAUUGUUUACGACAAACCUGGUCCGAUUGAUCCUCCAAUCUCUUGUCCCGAAACCACAAAAGAUUCAAUCACUCUCAACUGGACCCCGCCAAAAGACGACGGCCAAAGUGAAAUCAUCGGUUACAAUAUCGAGCGCCGAGACCUCACACGACAAGCAUGGGUUAGAGUCGGAAAACUUCACCCGAACCUUGAGUUUGUCUGCAACAAACUAUCCGAAGGUUCAAAGUACGUGUUCCGUGUUUCGGCCGAAAAUCAAUUCGGCGAGGGACCCGCAACUGAGAGCGAACCGAUUGAGGCUAAAAACAUGUUCGACGUGCCUGAAGCGCCUGGCAAGCCGAAGAUCGCUUCAGUCGAUACAAAAGAAUUGACCCUAACUUGGGAUAAACCGAAACGAGAUGGAGGUCGACCAAUUGAUGGGUACAUUCUAGAAAGAUUUGACCCUGAAACUGAGAGGUGGUCGAAGGUGACUCCGAAAGUGAUCAAAGAAGAGACAUUUACGGUGACCGAUAUGAGACCGUACAAGAGUUGCAAGUUCAGAGUCAGUGCAGUGAAUGAAGCAGGAACCGGAAAGCCUUCCAAUGGAUCAGAUGAUUGUGAACUUAACUCUAAACCGAAAUUUGACGUUUCUAAGUUCCGAAACACAACCGUGCGAGCACCACAGCCAGUCAAACUAGAGAUCCCGUACUCGGGACACCCCAAACCCACAUUCAAGUUCCUCAAGAAUGGGGAACCUCUUGAGAGCUCCGAUCGUAUCAAGAUCAUAGACGAAGACGGAGUUCUGAAGUUCGAGAUCCCAGAAUCUAUGAGAGCUGACAGUGGUGAGAUGGAACUGGUGAUGGAGAACGAACUAGGAGAAGAGAGAGCGAAGAUGAUGCUCAAUGUCCAGGACCGACCGGAUGCUCCUGAGAAUCUUAAGGUUGAAGACAUAGUCGAGGAUGGAUGUACUAUGAAGUGGGAUCCCCCGAAAGACACCGGAGGUUCUCCUCUGAUGAACUACGUUGUGGAAAAGAUGGAGGAGGGAACAGGAGUCUGGCAAAAGGUCAUGUCCUGUCCUCCCGAAAAAACCGAGCUGAAAAUCUCGAAUCUUAAAGAGAAAGCCAAGUAUCACUUCCGAGUGUGUGCGGAGACUAUGAUCGGUGCCAGUGACCACCUUCAAACUGAAAACCCUGUCCAAAUCCGACUUCCGUACGACCCUCCAGGACCUCCAGGAGUUCCGAACAUCCUCAAGACUGCUGAGAGCAGCAUCACGAUUGCCUACGACAAACCCGAAACCGACGGUGGAUCGCCGAUCAUAGGAUACAUCAUCGAGAAGAGCGAAAUCACGAAGCGUCCCUCGACGAAGCGUUCUAGUUCAACGCCUGGAAGUAACAGGUCCUGGAUUAAGGUGAACAAAACGCCAGUCGAAGAGUUGGAAUAUAAGUGCACGGGGUUGAUGCACAAGAGCGAAUAUGUGUUCCGAGUGAGUGCCGUGAACUUGGCUGGUCCGGGAGAACCGAGUGACGAGAGUGAGAGAGCGUUUGCACGAGAACCUAUAUAUCUGGCUGGAUCUCCUGGCCAACCAGUGGUAGAAGAAGUGACCAACUCUUCCGUGAAGUUGAAGUGGGAUGCUCCUGAGAAUGACGGGGGGUCCAAGAUAUCCCACUACGUAGUAGAACGCAAACCAAAGAGGAAGGACAGCGAUGAUGAAGAACCCGAGUACGAAGAGGUCAUGGAGUGUCAGACAAAUGAGGCUCUACUGCGUGAUCAGCCGUUUGAUGAGACGUUCGACUACCGAGUGCGAGCCGUGAAUGAGGCAGGAGAGGGACCACCGAGCAAGUCCACACAAGUCAAGAUCCAUGAGCCAGAAGUGGCUCCCGAGAUGGACGAGGAAAUGGAUGACAUCAUAGGGGAGGCGCACAAACCUCUCGAGUUCCGAAUUCCAUUCAAGGGAGGAAAACCCAAGCCCACCGCCGAACUGCUCAAGGACGGAGUACCAGUGGACGAUGUCGACAUUGAAGUGCUGGACGAUGAGGUUGUCGUCAGGUUCAAGGAUCCGACCAAAGCGAACUCUGGAAACCACGCACUCAAACUCACGAAUCCAUUUGGAGAAGCCACAACUAAAGGAAACAUCAAAGUGCUAGACCGACCAGACCCCCCUGAAGACUUCGAAUUGACCGAAGUGUUCAAGGAGACUGCAAGUAUGACAUGGAAGAAGCCGAGUAACGAUGGAGGAGCUCCAGUAACUGGGUAUAACAUAGAGAGAGUGGACCAUAAGAGAGGAAACUGGGUUCCCAUUGAGAAUGACCAUGCUAUGGAAAAGUACACUGCUAAGAAACUGGUGGAGGGCAAUGAGUACUCCUUCAGAGUGUCAGCUGUGAACAAAUACGGAGCCAGUGAGCCAGUGGAGACUGACCGAUUCACCGCCAAGGAUCCUUAUGAUAUGUCAGAGCCUCCUCGCAAUCUCAAAGUAGUCUCGAUCGAUAAACAGAAAGCUAAACUAAAGUGGGACCCACCCAAAAACGACGGAGGCAGUCCCAUUGAGGGAUACAUCGUUGAAAAACAAGUCGGCAACACGAAUAGAUGGCAACGCGUGAACAAAGUGCCUCUUAAAGACUGUGACGCUGAGAUUGAUGAUUUGGUUGAAGGCCAGGAGUACAAAUUCAGAGUCUGUGCCGUUACGGCAGCUGGAAAUGGAAAGCCGGCAACUACAGAUGAAGUGAUUGCAAAGGACCCAUUUGUGCGGCCUUCAAUCAAGUCGGACUUCCUGCGAGACCAGACAGUGAAGGUGGGCCAGACCCUGAAGUUCACUGUUCCCUUCAAUGCAGACCCCCCUCCCACAGUACAGUUCAAACUACCCGACGGCACUCUCCUCAAUGACAUGCCAGACUGCAGGGUUGAUGUGUCGAAUGGACAGGCAGUGCUGACUCUGCCCAACUGUCAGAGACCAUGGAGUGGACCAGUGGACAUAGUUGUCAAGAACGACUUCGGAGAGGACACUGCACAGUUUAACCUCAGUGUCGUCGGUCCCCCUAGCAAACCGGAGGAUCCGAUUGAGUUGGAGAAUAUCUCUAGCGAGAAGAUCAAGGUGCAGUGGAACCCCCCUAAGGACAACGGGGGAGCCCCACUGCUCAACUACAUUGUAGAGAAGAUGGACGAGGAGAGAGGCCAGUGGGUUCGAGUGGGAUCCACGAAUGAGUUCACUCUGGACUUCACUGUGCCCAAUCUGAACGAGAAGCAACUCUACAAGUUCCGAAUCAUGGCCGAGAAUAUACACGGACCCAGUCAGCCGGCAGAAUCCGCGAGCAUCGUGUGCAAGAACCCAUUCGAUCCUCCAAGCAAACCAGGCAAGCCGGAGCCUACAAACACUAGCAACUCAGCCAUCUGGCUCAAGUGGAAGGAGCCAGAAUCGGACGGUGGAUCACCUAUUAAGGGAUAUCUAGUUGAGAAGAAAGAAAAGGGAGACAGCAGAUGGACAAAGUGCAACAGGGAACUGGAACCAGACUGCACUAGCAAGGUGUCUGGCUUGACCCACAUGACAGUGUAUGAGUUCCGAGUGUUUGCAGUGAAUGCAGCUGGCAACAGUGAACCCAGUUCUAGCAGCAACCCCAUCACCGCCAGAGAAGCUAUCCGUCCCGCAGAUGCAUGUGAUGACUUGCGAGUGGACAAAGUGACCAACAACUCGGCCACUCUCUCCUGGCAGCCGCCCAUCAACACUGGCAACUGUCCCAUCCUCAAGUACAUCAUUGAGAAGAAAGGCAAAGGCGACAAAGCAUUCAAGCCUUGCAAAGAGACAGACGUGCCUACAGGCACUGUUGAUGACCUUGAGAUGGACGAUGAAGUGGAAUUCAGAGUCAUUCCUGUGAAUGAGGCCGGAAAAGGUCUGCCCAGCCAGCCCCUCAAGGUCAAGAUCAGGGAGCCAGAAGCCCCACCCAAGAUAUCUUUCCCCGCGCUUGGCAUGAAAGACCAGAAACUCCAGGCAGGCCAAAUCCUCAAACUAUACGUUGAAUUCACCGGCUGCCCCGAGCCCACUCCCGUGUGGUUCUGCAAUGGAACAGAGGUCAAGCCCAGUGAUCGGGUCAAUUUAGAGGUCAAAGAUGGAGUGGCCACUCUGCUGGUGCCAUCUGUGAGUAAGGAAGAGAGGGGCAAAUGGCAAGUGCAGUUGAGAAAUGAAGGAGGCACGGCUGAAGCCAAGUGUAACGUACAAGUCUUGGACACACCUGGGCCGCCUGGUCCUAUCGAGUACCCAGAAUAUAGCAACGAAAAGAUAGCCCUCAAAUGGACUGCCCCUGUUGACGAUGGUGGAUCAGUCAUCACCAACUACGUAGUCGCCAAACGAGAGGUAGGCAAGGGAACCUGGAGCAAUGUUACGUCAUCCAUUUCCAGGACCAACUACACCGUCCAGGGUCUGAUGGAAAAGGCGACGUAUGAGUUCAAAGUAUGUGCCGAGAAUAUAUACGGAACCGGAGAUCCCUCUUUUGGAGAUCCAAUCAUGGCCAAGAAUCCUUUCGACCCCCCGGAUGCUCCGAGGUCAUGCAGGGUCAAAGAGGUUACGCGAAGCGGGGUUAAGUUGGAGUGGGAAAAACCGACCCGAGACGGAGGCAGACCGAUUAAGGGUUACAUAAUCGAAAAAAGGAAUGUUAUGGAAAACUCAUGGCAUAAAGUCAACCGAGUUCCAAUUCCCGAGACAACAGCAUUCGUAGAUGAUGUUAUUGAAGACGAAGUGUACGAGUUCCGAGUGAUGGCUCUGAACGAGGCAGGGUUGAGUAAGCCAAGUGACUGUACGAGCCCUGCAGUCAAAAUUGAGGAUCCACCAAUGAUUCCUAACCCGGAAAAAGACGGACUUCAAGACGUCACAGUCCGAGCUGGAAACUCUUUCCGACUCACCCUUAGAUACAAGGCCCACCCAGUGCCAAACAUCCAGUGGAUGGCCAACAGCAGGGAGAUCCUCCCCUCCGCCGACAACUUCAAAGUGGAGAAGAGUUCCAGAGAUACGGCUCUGAUUUGUCUCAAAGCCACCAGACAGGACCUGGGAGUGUACAUUGUGAAUUUGAGCAAUAUCGCCGGAUCCACUGAGUCUUCGUGCCGAGUCACUGUACUGGACGUACCUGGGGCUCCUAUACCCCCGGUUGUCGUCAAGGAAGUUGCAAGACACUCAGUCACUCUUCAAUACUACCCUCCAGAAGAUGACGGUGGAAGCCCAGUAACUGGUUACGUCAUCGAGAAACGCGAAGACAAAAGCAACAUCUGGACACUUGCCGCGAACUCACCGGAUCUCACUUGCGAAAUUAGUGGACUCCUUGAAGGUGUUCCUUACAGAUUCAGAGUCGCUGCUGAGAACAAACAAGGCACUGGUUUGUUUACUGAGUACGGAGUUCCAGUCAUCCCAAAGAGUCCCUACAACGUUCCCGACGCUCCAUCGACACCGAGGGUCCUCAUGACAACACCCGCUAGUGUUUCCAUUGCUUGGGAUCCUCCUAAUGAUGACGGUGGUUCCCCCAUUACAGGGUACAUAGUUGAAAUUAGAGACAAUAUUUCUGGAAGGUGGAGAGCGUUGAACACGCAGCCAAUUGAUGCGAAGAAAUACACGGCUACAAAAUUGGUCGAAAAUUCAGAAGUAGAGUUCAGAGUCGCAGCUGUGAAUGAAGUGGGUCAGAGUAAAUUCAGCAAGCCAUCACCAAUGGCAGUUGUCCGAGAUCCCAUCGACGCCCCCUCGAAGCCAGGCAAACCAGAACCUGAGAAGAUCACCGACGACUCAGUCACUCUCACAUGGGCAGCCCCCACGCAGACCGGAGGUAGUCCAGUGUCCGGCUACCAGGUGCAGAUGAAGAAGAAGGGCAGUCCCAACUGGGAAGACUGUAUAUACUCUCCCACUAACAGAGUGCAUAUUAAGGGACUGGAAAAGGAUGAUGAGAUUGAGUUCCGAGUGGUGGCGGAGAAUGUGGCGGGACAGAGCGCUCCGAGUGCCUCUUCGGGAUUGCUCAAGAUCAGAGAGCCACCAAGUGCGCCUGAGAUUGAUAUGAACGCCUGGCCGAAAGAAAUCACGGUAGUCGCUGGUCGGCCAUUCGAGAUCAAAGCAAAUGUCACCGGAAACCCGACUCCAGAGUUCACCUGGUACGACCAGAAAGGACUGAGAGUCAUCCAAGAUGACCGAAUGAGACUGGACAAACUACCAACAGCCGUCAAUCUUAGAUGUGUCGAGUCUAAGAGGGUCGAUGCUGGAAGAUUCACUUUGAAGUUGACCAAUGAGAACGGAUCUACGGAGGCGGUGUGCACUGUAAACGUUCUAGACCGCCCAGGAGCUCCUGGAGAACCCUUGGAUGUUAGAGACAUCACCAAAACUUCCUGCUGUCUUUCUUGGGAGAAACCACGUGACUUAGGAGGAGUUGAGCCUGAAGAUAUCCUUUACGCAGUGGAGAAAUGCGAGGUAAAACGAGGUAAUUGGAUGCCUGUUGCCUCUAACUUGAAAGGAACUGAACUUGACGUGAGCAAACUAGUCGAAGGAUGCAACUACAAGUUCCGAGUUACAGCCGAGAACAAGUAUGGAGUCUCUGAUCCUCUGGAAUCUCGAGUCGUGACACCGAGUGCUCAGUUUGGAGUCCCAGACGCUCCUGGAAAAAUCGAGGCAAUCGAUGCUGGUUUUGAUUUUAUCGAGAUUGGCUGGGAAAAACCGGUGAGAGACGGUGGAAGCAAGAUCCAGGGAUAUGUUGUGGAACAAAAAGAGGUUCCAGCUGGUAAAUGGCUUAAACUGACCAUUGGUCAACUGGCGCACGAGAGACGAUACAAGAGUAAAAAAGUAGAGGCGAGGAAGAAUUACUUGUUCAGAAUCAGGGCUGUGAAUGAGGCGGGAGAGGGAGAUACUAAUGUUUCCGACAAACCCAUCACCGCCAAGCCUCUCAAAGCGGCGCCCUCUUACGAAAUUGAUCCAAAAGCCAAAAAUAUUGUCGUCAAAGCUGGACAUUCCUUCCGAAUCCCAGUUUUCAUUGACGGCUCUCCUCAACCAGAGGUCAAAUGGUCACACAACGGAGAAGAAAUUAUAGCCGAUCUGAACACAAAGUUUGAAAACUCCGAAUAUACGACAGCUAUGAGUGUAAGCAGUGCCACUAGAGAUAUGUGCGGAGAUUACAAAAUCAAAUUAGAAAACGAAUACGGUCAAUGUGAGGCUGAUGCAAAGGUGACGGUUUUGGACGUUCCAAGGAUGCCAGAGGGCCCGAUAACGUUCGACAGCAUCACCAAGGAUGGUCUAAAGAUGUACUGGAAAGCUCCUUUAGAUGAUGGUGGAAGCGAAAUUAUUGGAUACACGGUCGAUAAGUGCCGUCAUCGUCAGCAGACCUGGAAACCAGUGACUGCUAGUGCCAAACAUCCACAACACGAAGUUCAGUAUUUGAAAGAGGGUGUGCAGUACAACUUCAGAGUAUGCGCUUUGAAUCUUUACGGAUCCAGUGAACCUUUGAUGUCUGACCGUCCAGUUUUGAUCAGAGACCAGUUCGAUCCUCCGAUGGCUCCUCGAGGAAUCUCUGCCGAGUCCUUUGAUCUUGGAUGUAUUGACGUCACCUGGAAAGCUCCCGAGUCCGACGGUGGAAGUCCUAUCACCGGUUAUGUCGUCGAAAAGAAAGAACGAGGCUCCGCCAAAUGGACCAGGUGCAACAGACAUCCACUUAAAGACUUCAAGUACGAAUUGAUUGACUUGAUUCCAGAGAAUUUGUAUCAAGUAAGAGUUCUGGCCAUCAACGCAGCAGGUGAAAGUGAACCUUGCACUUUAGAGAAAGCUUUGACUGCGCAACCUGCGCUAGGAACCGUCAAGGCUCCUAAGAAUGUGGCCGUGAAUGAAGUGACUGAUAGUUCAGUGUCGCUGACUUGGGAUAGACCAUUGACCAGUGAGAGGAUGAAGGUUAUUGGAUACAUGAUUGAGAAAAAACCAAAAGAUUCGAAAGAGUGGACUCCUGUGACCAAGAUGCCCCGAUCACCUGGGCCUAGUCGCAGACCUAGCACAGCGGUUACUCCCCUGACCCCAGACAGCUUCAGACCCAACUUCGGAUCCUCCUCCAAUCUGCUUGGAUCAGGCCUCAAUCUAGCACCUCAGAAGAAUAUGAUAACUGGAACCCGAGCCACUUUGGAUGACCUCGAAGUGGACGAAGAGAUUGAGUUCAGAGUAGCUGCAGUUGUGGAGUCAAUGGGAGUGGGAGAGUUCAGCGCGCCAACUCCCCCCACCAGAGUGAGGUAUCCUCCUUGCAUGCCAUACAUACUGAGCUACAGCAAGAAGACCAUCACUGUGAAGGCGGGAGAGGAACUUCAGAUCCCGGUGUCUUUCAGAGCCAGUCCAACUCCUACUGUAUCAUGGACUAACAAAGGCAAACCAGUGAAAGAGAGCUCUAAUGUGGAGAUAGAGGGCACACACAAUCUGGCUAUGCUGACCGUAAAGAAAGCGACCAGGGCAGAUGCAGGACUCUACAAUCUCACCCUCACUAAUGACAACGGAGUUACUGAUGUCCAGAUCAUUACCAAUGUACUUGACGUUCCCGGGGCACCCGAGGAACCUUUGGUCUACAAGUCUAUCAGUACUAGUGAAAUCACUUUGGGUUGGGAAGAACCUCUGGACUAUGGUGGAUACUCCGAUAUCUCAUAUGUCGUGGAGCGCAAACAGACCCGAGGUAACGAAGACUGGACCGAACUGGCUAGUGCCAGCUACAAACGAACCUACAAAUCAAUGCGACUCACGGAAAACAAAGAGUACCAAUUCAGAAUCUGGGCUGAAAACGACUGUGGACGCUCCAAGGAACCCCUUGUCGGCAAACCAGUGGUCGCUAAGAACCAGUUUACUGUUCCAGGACAACCUACAAACUUAUGUCCUGACGAUAUAACCAAAAACUCAAUAUCUCUUGUCUGGAACGCCCCAAGAUCCGACGGUGGGCGACCAAUUACCAGCUAUGUUGUUGAGAAACAAGGUCACGAUAGUACAAGAUGGUCUAAGUGUUCUAGAUCAAACAUUCUUGCUACUAAGUGCGUCAUCGAUAAUUUAAUGGAAGGCGAAUCGUAUAAGUUCCGAGUUUACGCUGUCAACGACGCAGGACCGGGUGAACCUUGUCAGGCACCCAAAGCGUAUCGCAUUAAGCCAAUGCGAGCUAAGCCGACUAUCGAUUUGAGCGGAAAGUUGAACCAAGUGCACGUCAAAGUAGGGGAGAGGAUCUACGUUAAUCUACUUUAUGAAGCUUCGCCUUUACCAACAGUCGAUUGGAAGAAGAACGGAGAACUGGUUGAAAAGAGUUCUCGAGUUGAUAUUCUCGAAGAAGAAUACAGAACGCGUCUUGCAAUUGAAGAUGCAGCUCGGUCUGACUCUGGUCUUUACGAAGUGCUUUUGGCUAAUGAGUUCGGUCAAGAAACUUAUCGGGCAAAUGUGGUAGUUAUGGACACACCGUCUCAGCCUCGAGGACCUUUAGAAGUUUCUGAGAUCACCAACGAAUCUGUUGUUCUGAACUGGAAAGUUCCAGAGGAUAAUGGUGGAAGUGAAAUUACAAGUUAUAUAAUAGAGAGGCAAGAUUUGGACAAGCGAAUGUGGGCCAAAGCUGGAACCGUGGUCAAUAAGACUACGUUCCAGGCGAAUAAAUUGAUUGAUAAUCACCGAUAUAUGUUCAGAGUGUUCGCUGAAAAUGCCUGUGGACUCAGCAAACCUCUUGAAGGAGAACCGGUUGAAGCUAAGAAUCCUUAUGACGCUCCUGGAUCGCCUCAUAACCUCUCCAUCUAUGACAUGACUCCAUCGAGCUUGAACUUGAAAUGGGAAAAGCCGCGAAGUGAUGGAGGAAACAAGAUCAACGGGUACAUUGUGGAAUACAGAGAAGUCAACUCUGCUCGCUGGAUCAGAGCAUGCAGAGCUCUCAUUGGCGACACUCAGUUCACAGUUAAUGAUUUGCUUGAGGGCGAGUCCUAUGAGUUCAGAGUGUCGGCGGAGAACUUUGCGGGCGCCGGAACUCCCUGCGAGGCCACAGAACCGGUAUUGAUGCGAUCUCCAUACGAUCUACCUGGUGCCCCUGGAGCUGUGCGUUUGGUGGAUGUCAGUCCAGUUAGUGUCAGUCUAGCAUGGAGUGAGCCUAUGUUCGACGGUGGAACCCCCGUCCUCGGAUACCACGUGGAGUGCAAACAAGCAGGCACAUCAAAAUGGACCCGAUUGACCUCUUCUAGCAUGACAACCGUCAACUCCUUGAACACCUCCAACAUAAUCGGAGGCCACGAGUUUGUGUUCCGAGCAUAUGCUACCAACAGGGCAGGCAGUGGACCCUACAGUGAACUCACAGACCCCAUCAUGAUCAAAGAGCAGAGUGUGCAGAAAGCACCUGUGGUGACGUCAUUCUUGGGAGAUAUGACUGGAAAACUGGGUGACCAGAUGUCAAUUGUCGUGGAGUACUCGUCAGCUACGAAGGCUGACGUUAAAUGGAUCAAGGAUGGAAAACAGAUCUACUCCGGCCGCAGAGCCGAGAUCAGAGAAGACGUCGGCAAAACCAGUCUCGAGUUCCUCUCUCUCGCCGAGAUCGACGAAGCUACCUACACUUGUGAAAUUUCGAAUGCAGCCGGUCGUGCCAAAACCGAAGGGACUGUUCACGUGUUGGUUGAGCCGACAGUCGAGGUGGACGCCAGGAAGUCGAAGAUGGUGGUUCGAGAGGGAGACAGCUUCAAGAUCAGAAUGAGCUUCAGUGGAUUACCGAAGCCGAAGUUGACUUGGUUGUUGAACAACCAGCCAUGCGUGGAUGAAGAAAUGUUCUUCGACUCUGUGCAAGAGGGUCUAGCUAUUCUUUUUGUCAAGAACAUUAACAAGAGGGCAGAAGGAACGUACCAAUUGAGGGCCAAAAAUGAAGCUGGAACUUCAUCCGCACAAGUACAGGUCACUGUACACUCAAAACCUCCAGCGCCGACUGGACCUGUCAUGAUAUCCGACAUCGAAGCCACUUCCUGCCGAAUGUCUUGGAAGGCCAGCAAGAAUAACUCGGGCGUUCCUCUGAUUGGAUACACAAUCGAGAAACGAGAAUUGGGUCUGUCCAAAAUGUGGAGCCGAGUUUGCAGUCAGGUAUCCGAGACUGCAUUUUUGAUUGAGAAUCUACGAACUGGCGUCGAAUACGAGUUCAGAAUCUUUGCUGAGAACGAAAUCGGACUUGGCGAUCCUUUGAUUGUCAGCGAGACUGUUGUCGCCAAACCGCCGUUUGACCCGCCGAGUGCUCCUAUGAUGCCUGAGAUUAGCAACAUUACCCCGUCUAGCGUCGAUGUAACCUGGAAAGCGCCUUCGAGCGAUGGAGGAAGCCAAAUCACUGGCUAUGUCGUGGAGAAACGAGAAGGUCCUUUUGCGAGGUGGACGGUCGCUAAACAGGCGAACCAUAUGGAAAAUUGGUGUGUGAUCAGUAACUUGGUCGAGAACCAAGAGUAUGAGUUCCGAGUGAUUGCCGAGAACAAAUCGGGUCUGGGGAAGCCGAGUCCCCCAGUUGAGGGUGUGAUCCCGAGAGAUACGGAAGUGUGGGAGAUACCUGUGGUUGAGGAUACUAUUCGACCUGUGAGUGCUCAGGAGAAUCACAAUGCUACUUUCACUUGCAAUAUUGCAAACUGCGCAGAAGUGAAAUGGUUUAAGGGCAACCGACCUCUUACUUCCAGUGAGAAAUACAGGAUGAGCAGUGAUGGAUCCAGACACACCCUGGUCAUCAAGAGUGUCUUCGGGGAGGAUGAAGACGACUACUCGUGUCAAGGGAAGAACAAGAGUGGUUCAGUUUCAUCCACAGCCAGGCUUGUCAUCAACUUGGCGCCCAAGAUUAAACUGCCCAACCGACUUCUGACCGCCAAUGUCUUCACAAGGAACGACAGACUUAACCUCAAGAUCCCCAUCGUCGGCAACCCCAGACCUACACUGUCCGUCAUCCGAAAUGACGUCACCCUAUCCUCCAGUGGCAAUGUGUACUUUGACGUGGACAGCAGGUGUGCCCUGUUGGAGAUCAAUCACUUGACAAAGAAGGAUGCGGGAGUUUAUCUUCUUAAGGCGGAGAAUAAUUUGGGAUCAGAUAGUGCGCAGUUCACUAUUGAAGUCAGUGAUCGACCCGAACCAGUGACGGACCUUAAAGUAGCCAACAUAGCUGCCCAGUCUGUGGACCUCACUUGGACUAUGCCUCGAGACGACGGAGGCAGUCCCAUCUCCUCUUACAUUGUCGAGAAGCGAGAGGAGAGCAUGUCCAACUGGAUCCGAGUGGCCAACUCGCAUGUGUGUGCGGCUUCUAUCGGCUAUCUCAGUCCCAAUAUGCAAUACAGGUUCCGAGUGUCGGCUGAGAAUGUGUUUGGAGCGAGUGACCCCUGCGAACUGUCCCACUCUGUCACUACUCACAAAGAGGUAGACAGAGACAGAGAGCUGGAGAUGACGGAGGCUAAAAAGAGGAGGCAGAAACUGCUCGAUGACUCUCUCAACCGAAAAUACAUCCCGAAGAGCAGCCUCAUGUUGAAACAGCGUCGCUUCGGAGACCUCUACGAACUGAAGGAGGAAAUUGGGCGAGGUGCUUUCGGUGUCGUGCACAGGUGUGUGGAGAAGUCUUCAAGACGCCACUUUGCAGCUAAGUUUGUGGAAGUUGGCAACAGCGAGGAAGAGAUGAGUGUGAUGAAGGAGAUUGAGAUCAUGAAGGAGUGCACACAUGCGAAGUUGCUGCAGUUGCAGGACGCAUUCCAGACAGAUACUGAGAUCAUCAUGGUCAUGGAGUUUUUGUCUGGCGGUGAGGUGUUUGAGAAGAUCAUAGACGACAGCUACGAGUUGACAGAGAAAGAGGUGAUCGGAUACAUCCAGCAGGUCUGUCAGGGACUCAAGUUCAUGCACAACAAGUCCAUCAUUCAUCUUGACAUCAAGCCCGAGAACAUGAUGUUCGUGAUUCCGGAGGCCACUGACGUCAAGUUGAUUGACUUCGGCCUCGCCACUCGGCUGGACCCGAAUGACAAGGUCAAAGUCAUGUUCGGGACCCCUGAGUUCGUGAGUCCGGAGGUGGUGUUGGGUGAACCUGUUGGCUUCCACUCGGACAUGUGGUCUGUGGGAGUGCUCACUUACACACUCUUGACUGGUCUGUCUCCUUUCAUGGGCAACAACGACAAAGAGACUCUUCACAACAUUGCCAAGUGCAACUGGGACUUCAAUGACCCCUCUUUCGACCACAUCAGUCAAGACGCUAAGAACUUCAUCACUCUCCUCCUGAAGAAAGACGUGUCUCAGAGACUCACAGUGGACGAAGCACUGGACCACCCCUGGCUGAACCAGAGCACGAUCCGGAUGCCACAAGACUACAGACUGGCUACUAAUAAACAUAGAAUAUUCUGGAACAACAGACCUCUCAGGGAGAUCCGAGAUAUUCUGGUGGCUAUGGGCAAACUGUCGUGGUAUGGGUCUCUUAGGAAGGUGAGAGGAUACGCUGGGUAUUCCUUCCAGGAGAACGAACGAGUGUGCGCCAUGGACUUCCGAGAUGCUGCUCCUCGUUUCGUGAGGAAGCCUAAGCAGCAGGAUGUGGUCACUGACCAGGCGGCCAGAUUCGAGUGCAAGAUUGUGGGACUGUCUGUGCCUCUAGUUACAUGGCACCACAGACAUCAGGAGUUGCGCCAGGGACUGAAACACAGGAUCAUCUACAAUGGGAAUUAUUAUGGCCUGGUCAUCACCCACUGUGGCAUGCAGGAUGAGGGAGAGUACAUCUGCCAUGCACAGAACAGCUACGGCGAGAGGAUGGCAGUCGCCACGGUCAAGGUCACACUCGCAAGUACAGAUGGAACUUCAGGAUCAAAAGACAGAGGUGGUAGAAUAGGCGACUUCCAAAAGCCGUCGUUCUUAAACCAGAUCAAGGACAAAGACGUGGUGGCCGGUUCGACUGCUCUGUUCGAACUGAAGAUCCAGGGCAAUCCGUUCCCGGAGGUGUGCUGGAUGCACAACAACGUGCAACUGUCUCAAGGGGGGAGAGUGCAAAUGAGUUCUACUGAGGCGUCCGCGUCUUCCCUUCAGGAGGGGGGCGGGGGCGAAGUGUUGCUGAGGAUAAGUCCCGUGCUGGACACCGAUGCGGGAAGCUAUGCAUGCAUUUUAAAUAGCCCCGCCGGUCAAUCUAGAAGUACAGCCUGCCAGUUGAGGGUUCAACCCAGGGAUUGUCCAGACUUAAACGGGUUCUUGAUGACGCGCUCUCCACCUGAGGUAGUUGUUGCUUGUUCCGACCUGGAGCUAACAGAAGGAGCUCCCGCCUUGUUCACGGCCGUGUUCGAGGGCAACCCAGGAGUGACAGUGCACUGGGAGUUCAACGGACUCCUGAUCAAGGAGGACUCCGAGGGACUGCACAUGACCUUCGAUGGCAGACAGGCCCAGCUGAGUAUCCCGGACACUAUGGUGGAGGACGAGGGAACCUACAGCUGUUAUGCCACCAACGCACUCGGCCAAGUGGUCACAUCUGCUAGACUCUUCAUAAAUGAGAUAUCACAGGAGUGAAGAUAUGGCGCCAUUAGACAAUCGACUCAUGGAGUGAUUUGUGCUUUUUAGCUUUGAUAAUAAUAAGAUAAUCAAUCAACUACAAUUUUAGCAAUACUCUCAGUUGUGUAAAUAGCUUACUGAGAGGAAAGAAAUGUUUUCUCUUACUCAAACCAACCUUACAGCUUACCAUAUUAUGCUUUGCUUUCUCAUUAAGUUUGGACUUUGAUUAUUAAUGAUUUAUUAAUCCGAAUAGAACCUACAUGCUUUUAUUGGGAGAAAACUGAAAAUGCAUAGCACUUGCUCCUCUACAAAAGGGAGUCAGCCCAAAAAGAACUGAAUUGAAUCUACAUUCAGCAAAACAACUGUAAAUAAUUCAAAAAGUA